GUAGGAGUGUCACAGCUGUCGAGUCAGCCAACCACUUCGGGAGUCUUGCCUUGCACGCUGUGGGUCGGCUCGACGCCCUGCUCCCUCAAGCAAAAUUAUAUUUGGCCACAUUUUUGAUACAACAAUUAGCAACGCACAAACAUGGAAUCCAAGACGACUGCACUGGAAGCAAUCGAUAUCAAAAAGUCGCGUUUUGACCUGGAUACCUACUACGGACGCUUACGACACUUCAUCACCGUCACAUCUCCCCUGACCCUCUUCAAUUCUACGGACGAGAUCCGGAGAGCUCAAGAACUCCUGAAAGACUAUGCUGCGGGCAGGAGGGCCGACCUGGACGGCUCUCAUGAGACCCAGGAAAAGGUCUGGGCUGCUAAACAAGUCGUUGAAGCCUCACUGCAUCCAGAUACCCAAGAGCCGAUUCCAUUGCCAUUUCGAAUGUCGGCAUUUGUGCCUACGAACCUGAUCAUUGCGACUGGACUUUUGCUGCCGAAUCCGUCCUUAGCGUCGAUUAUUGGAUGGCAAUGGGCGAACCAGACACUGAAUGUGUGUGUGAAUUAUUCGAAUGCGAACAAGUCGACGGCGAUGAGCACUAGCGAAGUAGCGAAGGCGUAUGUGAGUGCGACGGUGACCUCGGUGGGGCUAGCGGUCGGACUGAACAGGCUCGUCCCUCGGCUCGCCAAACGUGUCGGCCACGACACCGGCCUCCUUCUUGCCCGCUUCGUCCCCUUCGUCGCUGUCGCCUCCGCCGGAUGCGUUAACGUCGGUCUGAUGCGUUGGAAAGAGCUCCGCGACGGUAUCGAUGUCUAUCCCCCCGGAGUUAGUGACCCUGAACAAAGCGUGGGCAAGUCGAGAAUUGCGGGCUCUUAUGCCGUCGGUCAGACUGCUGCCUCCCGCGUCCUAACAAACAUUCCUACACUAAUUCUGCCUCCACUGAUAAUCACCGCCUUGCAAAAAAGAGGCACAUUCUCGGGGCCACGUGGCAAGUCUCUUGAAAUGAUUGCCAACCUCGGUUUGAUCGGCGGCUCUCUCUUUUUCUUUCUCCCUCCAGCGAUCGCUGCUUUCCCUCAACGUGCUAAAAUUCAGGCCCACAAAUUGGAAGACAGAUUUUCAAACAUUAUUGAUGAACGUACAGGAAAACCUUAUCAAUACUUUGAAUUUAAUAAAGGAUUAUGAGUCGUACUCUCUUUUACCAGAGGGAUAUUUCUUCUUUCUACUUUGUCAAUUGUUUUUGGCUGUUUUCUCUACAUUAUUCAGGCACCAACAUCAACCACAAAUUCCUAAAACCAAAACAAUACCUGAUGUCUGUUCCCAAAAGCAUCU